AUGAAGCCUUUAUUUUUUGUUCUUACGUUGUUCAUACUAGUACAUUAUAGUGAAAGCCACAUCGAAUGGUUCACAAAAGAUAUACCAAACUUCCUCACAAACAAAGCAACUGAAAUAAAAAGCUUAAUUGAGACAAAGGUACACUCACUUAAAUCGAAUGUUGGGGCUAAAAAUCCUCGAAUGGAUGAACCAAAUUUUCAGAAUAUUAUUGGUUCACAGCCGGUGGAAUAUCAUACUAAUAACGAAGAUCCCAGCAUCUACAUGACGACGCCACAGUUGAUAGCUUCCCAUGGUUACCUUUCUGAGUCCCAUACAAUAGUUACUGAAGACGGUUACAUACUCACGGUUCAUCGAAUACCUUAUUCAGGAAAAGAAAAUUAUAAUUAUGUAAAUCAAGAUACAAUUCUACUUCAUCAUGGCCUCCUCGGCAGUUCAGCGGAUUGGGUCAUUCCUGGGCCUGAGAAGGGUCUUCCGUACAUACUUUCUAAAGCUGGCUACGAUGUCUGGAUUGCAAACGUUCGAGGCAAUACAUACUCUAGAUCUCACGUCUUUUUAAAUACAGAUACCUUUGCUUUUUGGAAUUUCACUUUUCAUGAAGUCAGCCAAUAUGAUCUACCCGCUGUCAUUGAUUAUAUCGUAAAUAUAAAAGGUCCAGAAGUAAAGUUGAACUAUAUCGGACAUUCAAUGGGCACGACUAUCCUAUUUGCUUUGCUCUCUACGAAAACUCAAUACAACAAAGUGCUAAGAGGAGGCUACGCACUAGCUCCUGUCGCUUUUAUGUCCAACGUCAGAAGUCCAAUUCAUCUCCUCGCGAAAUACAGUUAUGAUUUAGAAUUUAUAUUAAAACUUAUUGGUGUUAACGAAUUUUUACCGCACGGAAGUGUAUUAAGCUGGCUAUCUCAGCACGCGUGUGAAAUGAAUGAUUAUGAGCAGCAGAUAUGUGAAAAUUCAAUAUUUAUGUUAUGUGGGCAUGAUGAGAAAGAGUUCAAUCGAACCUUACUGCCUACAAUAUUAGGACAUACACCAGCUGGAGCCUCGUCUAAGACAUUAGUACACUACGCUCAAGAGAUCAAUAAUGCAGGGAGCUUUCAACAGUUUGACUAUGGUAUUCAAGGCAAUAUUAGAGCAUAUGGAACUUUUGCACCGCCAGAAUAUCCUCUAAACAAAAUAACUUUGCCAAUAGCUCUGUUUAGUGCUGAAAAUGAUUGGUUAGCCAGCGACGUCGAUGUCACCAAUUUGGCUGUUAAAAUUCCUAACCUUAUAGAACAUUAUAUUGUACCACUUAAAGAAUUUAAUCAUCUCGAUUUUGUGUGGGCUAAAGACGCGCCCACCUUAGUUUUCGCAAAACUGUUACAAUUACUCAAGGAAGUUGACGCUACAUAUAAUUUUGUACUACGC